AUGUCCACUUCAGUGGGCGUAUCACAAGUGCUUAUGGAAACCAGGAAAAGUGCAAGGGUACACAAACAAACCAAAUUUUACAUUGCUAUGCAAGAACCUCAACGAGAUUUGGACCUUAGAACGGCAAUCAAACGUAGUAAACUCGAGAAAAUACACGUCAAGGUUGAUUUGGAAUCUCUUCCCACAGUACCAGUUAUUAGAGCUACCGAGGAAGAGUUUAGGAAUCCUGUUCAAUUUUGGAAUAAAUAUACACAUUUAGGUCAGUUUUACGGGGCAAUCAAGGUAAUCCCUCCCAGUUCUUUUAAACCCAAGGUUCCCAUAGAUUUUGGGACUUAUAAGUUUAAAAUUCGCCAACAAAAUAUUAGACUCCUUUCUAGUGGCAAGGGUUACAAUCAUCCCCCCGAGCUAUGGACUUGUGAAGAUUUAAAAGAAGCUAACAAUAAGAUUAUAGAUCAGUUUACUAAUGCUAAUAUAAAAUUUGAUACCAUAUGUGACGUGGAAAAGGUGUUUUGGGACCUUGUAGAGUUGGGAAAUCAGGAUGUACUUGUAUCAUAUGGCGCCGAUCUCCCUUCAAAAUUAUCUGACUGUGAAGACUAUAUUAAGCAUCCUUGGAACCUAAACAAUUUGCCGAUAGUCCAAGGUUCAUUGCUAAGAUAUAUGAAACAUAUUGUACCAGGGGUCAAUACUCCCUGGUUGUACUUGGGAAUGUGCUUAUCAUCAUUUUCAUGGCAUACUGAAGAUAACUAUUUUGGAGCAGUAAAUUAUCAUCACCAUGGAGCACCCAAGGUAUGGUACAUUGUACCCCCUUCCAGAGCUCACUCUUUGGAAAAGCUGUUAGUUGGGUAUACGUCUACUGAGGAUCGUGAAUUUGCGCUUUACAGUUUAAGGGUACAAUUAUCGCCAAACCUCUUGCUCUCAAAUAAUAUACCAGUUUAUAGAAUUGUACAGGAACCAAAUGAGUUUGUAUUACUAUGGCCCAGGACCUAUCACGCAGGUUUUAACGUUGGGUUUAAUUGUAACGAAGCGUGCAAUAUUGCCCCUGUGAAUUGGAUACCAAUGGGGCAUAAGUCACUGCUCAAAUAUCGUUAUUCACGUAGAAGUUGUGUGCCAUUUUUCAGUAUAAUUCUCUCUGCAGCCUCAUCACUCUACGAUUUUACAUACCAAGAUCUCCAAGAGAUAGGUAAUAUGCUAAAGUUACUCCUAAUUCAAGAAUAUCAGACGAGGAAUGCCUUCAAAAUGCCUCGUUUGGCUAUGGACAUUGAUUACCAAUUCUUGAAUUCGUGUGAUGAGAUUAAGAAUUUGUUGAACGGUGCAUCAAUUGAUAGUGGAGAUAUAAGUUUUAGUAAAAUAAUGAAUAAUCUAAAGAAUGAUGGAGACAGAUCUGCGUUUCUAAAGGCUUGCGAAUUUGCCUCGCAAAUUUGCACAAAAGAUUGCAGCAUAUGUGAUUUACCAUUGUUUGUAUCUUCCGUGUCUUGUUGUCACGAUGAUAUGAUUCUUUGUGCAUCUUGUUCCAGGUUUUCCAAUUGUAAAUGCUCAGAGAAGAUCAUGCUUUAUCGAUUCCCACUUAUUUCUCUCUAUACACUACUAAAGAUGGUUGAUGAUUACACUCAAGGUCAAUUCAGUAUGUUAAAAUCAGUGCCGCCAGUCUCCAAACUGAACACCUUGGAUAAGACAUUAAAAUGUGAACAAAAUAAUUUGGGCAGCGCUAACUUAUUGAAAUUAGAAAAAGCGGUAUCUAUUGGGGCAAAUAAAAGGACUGAAAAUUUUCUUAGCGUUUGCCAAUAUGUUGCGGGUGAGAGGCAUUUGGCCACUUUGUUAACUUGUAAAUACUUAAUUGCCGCGGUGUACGAGGAGAGGGAUGAAUAUAACGCGUAUAUGGCAUAG